AGGCUGAGGUGGCAGCGCCCUGCCAACAUGGAGCUGCCGCAGAUGCCGGAGCUGAUGGGCCUGUCGCUGUUGCUCGGGCUGCUGGCCCUGAUGGCGACGGCGGCGGUGGCGCGGGGGUGGCUGCGCGCGGAGGAGGAGACGUGCAGCCGGUCCGCCGGCCAAAAAGCAAAUGGAUUGCCACUUGACAAGUCCUUGAGAUCCAAGAAGCAGAAACAGCAUCAACGAAAUCGCAAGGAGAAGCCUCAACAGCACAACUUCACUCACCGCCUCCUGGCUGGGGCACUGAAGAGCCACAGUGGGAACAUAUCUUGCAUGGACUUUAGCAGCAAUGGCAAGUACCUGGCCACCUGUGCAGAUGAUCGCACCGUCCGCAUCUGGAGUACCAAGGACUUCCUGCAGCGGGAACAUCGCAGCAUGAGAGCCAAUGUGGAGCUGGACCAUGCCACCCUGGUGCGCUUCAGCCCUGACUGCAGAGCCUUCAUCGUCUGGCUGGCCAAUGGAGACACCCUUCGUGUCUUCAAGAUGACCAAGCGAGAGGAUGGGGGCUAUACCUUCACAGCCAACCCAGAGGACUUUCCUAAAAAGCACAAGGCACCCAUCAUCAACAUUGGCAUUGCGGACACAGGGAAGUUCAUCAUGACUGCUUCCAGUGACACGACUAUCCUCAUCUGGAAUCUGAAAGGUCGUGUGCUGUCUACCAUCAACACCAACCAGAUGAACAAUACCCAUGCUGCUAUCUCCCCCUGUAGCAGGUUUGUGGCCUCGUGUGGCUUCACGCCAGAUGUAAAAGUUUGGGAAGUCUGCUUUGGGAAAAAAAGCGACUUCCAGGAGGUUGUGCGAGCCUUCGAACUGAAGGGGCACUCUGCAGCCGUCCACUUCUUCGCUUUCUCCAAUGACUCCCGCAGGAUGGCCUCGGUCUCCAAGGAUGGUACGUGGAAACUGUGGGACACAGAUGUGGAAUACAAGAAGCAGCAGGAUCCCUACUUGCUGAGGACUGGCUGCUUUGAAGAGGCGAGCACCAUGCCGUGCCGCCUGGCGCUCUCCCCUGACGCCCAGGUCUUGGCCUUGGCCAGUGGCAGCAGUAUUCAUCUCUACAACACCCGGCGGGGUGAGAAGGAAGAGUGCUUUGAGCAGGUCCAUGGGGAGUGUAUCGCUGACUUGUCCUUUGACAUCACCGGUCGGCUUCUGGCCUCCUGUGGGGACCGGGCAGUGCGGCUUUUCCACAAUACCCCUGGCCACCGGGCAGUGGUGGAGGAAAUGCAGGGCCUCCUGAAGCGGGCCUCCAACGAGAGCACUCGGCAGAGGCUGCAGCAGCAGCUGACCCAGGCCCAGGAGGCGCUGAGAAGCCUGGGUGCGUUGAAGAAAUGACUCUGGGAGGGUCUGGCAGGAAGGGUCUGGCAUGCUGCUGCCACCACGGCUGCCACUUUUCUUCCCAGGUACUCCCCAGCUGGAAACCUUUUGAAAGGAGUAUUCUGAUUUUCUCAGUGGUGGCUCCUCUUUCUCUUUUCCCCAUUGAAACUAUUCUUGCCUACUUUGAUCUCUCUCUCUCUCUUCUUGCCAGUUGUGACUCCUGGCCUUACUUGACCUCCCAGUCUAAUAACCAAGGUGCUUCUCUUUCUCCUGGGCCCAAGGGAUGGAAUCUGUCUUCACCAGGCACGGAGGGAAAGAGUAAAUUGAAGAGAGAGAGGACAUGGCCUUGACCUUGUGGCAACACACCCUGUACCCAACGGAGUUUGUAAUUGUGGAGGCAAAACCUAGGGGACACCUGAGUACUAACCAGCAGUCUUGGCAGGGUUG